GGAAGUAGACAUAUUUAUGAACAUGCAUAUUUUUCACUUGUAUAAUUUUUAUUGGAUUUUUUGUUAGUGAUAACUCUAUUCGAUUUAUUUAUAUUUUAAGAGGUGGCAGAUUUAUCUGUAUUUAUAAAAAUGAUAAAAAAUUACAAGUUUGUUAAACUAAAAGUGUGCAUUAUAUUUCUUUUGAUAGUUGUACACUUUCUAGGAGUAGAGUCUUCUUGCACAAAUGGUUUGGGCUAUAUGUAUCGGAUCAUAGGAGGAGAUUCCUCUAAAAUUGAUGCAUAUCCAUAUCAGCUCAGUGUAAGGUACAAGGACUGGCAUAUCUGUGGAGGAGUACUAAUCGGACAAAAUUACGCUUUAUCUGCUGCUCAUUGUUUUGAUGAGCAAGGCGACUAUAGCGUACGGGCUGGAAGCUCUUUUAAAGAUUCUGGUGGAAUCAUUAAUCACGUAACGACAGUUUUUGUUCAUCCCAAAAGAGGAGAAGCCCGGUUCUCUUACGAUAUUGCAAUUUUAAAAUUACGUAACUCUUUUACGUAUAGUUCGACAAUAUGUCCCAUUAAGCUACCCGAGCCCAAUACAGAGGCCUUAAAAAUAGGAAUUACCGGAACAAUAUCAGGCUUUGGUGAUACCCGAGAAAAUUCACAAUUAGGAUCAACAGUUCUUAGAGCAACAACAAUUCAAAUUAUAGAUUUUAACAAAUGCAGUAAUAACUAUAGAAGAUAUAACAUGAUAUUAGAUUCCCACGUGUUUUGUGGGGAAUCGCUCGGAAAGGACUCUUGUCAAGGUGACUCAGGUGGUCCAUUUGUCGUGGAUGGUGUGCUGUACGGCCUAGUAUCCUUCGGGUUGGGUUGCGGAAACUCGGUCUUUCCCGGGGUUUAUAUAAAUGUAGCUUAUUUUAGAGACUUUAUUAAACUAAAUUCCAAAAUAUAAA